CAUGCCCCGAAUACACAUGCCAAAAGAUGGAUUCCAACUUAUAUCUUCUGGAUACCAAGCAUGGCUAAAGCAGUGCUCUAUGCCCAGAUCUCUGUGGCUGGGCUGCUCCAGCCUGGCGGACAGCAUGCCCUCGCUGCGAUGCCUGUAUAACCCAGGGACUGGCGCACUCCCAGCUUUCCAGAAUUCCUCUGAGAGAGAAGACUGUAAUAAUGAUGAGCCCCCUAGGAAGAUCAUUCCCGAGAAGAAUUCACUUAGACAGACCUACAACAGCUGUGCCAGACUGUGCUUAAACCAGGAAACAGUAUGUCUAGGAAGCACUGCUAUGAAGACUGAAAAUUGUGUGGCCAAAACAAAACUUGCCAAUGGCACUUCCAGUAUGAUUGUGCCCAAGCAGAGAAAACUGUCUGCAAGCUAUGAGAAGGAGAAGGAACUCUGCGUCAAGUAUUUUGAACAGUGGUCGGAGUCUGACCAGGUGGAGUUUGUGGAGCACCUCAUCUCCCAGAUGUGUCACUACCAGCAUGGACAUAUAAACUCAUACCUCAAACCCAUGUUACAGCGGGACUUCAUCACUGCACUGCCAGCUCGGGGAUUGGAUCACAUUGCUGAGAACAUUCUGUCAUACCUGGAUGCCAAAUCAUUGUGUGCUGCUGAGCUGGUGUGCAAGGAGUGGUACCGAGUGACGUCGGAUGGCAUGCUGUGGAAGAAGCUCAUCGAGAGAAUGGUCAGGACGGACUCCCUGUGGAGGGGGUUGUCAGAGAGGAGAGGAUGGGGACAAUAUCUAUUUAAAAAUAAACCUCCUGAUGGGACUGCACCACCCAACUCCUUCUACAGAGCACUUUACCCUAAAAUUAUACAGGACAUAGAGACAAUAGAGUCAAACUGGAGGUGUGGAAGACACAGUUUACAGAGGAUCCACUGCCGAAGUGAGACAAGCAAAGGGGUUUAUUGUUUACAGUAUGAUGAUCAGAAGAUAGUAAGUGGCCUACGAGACAAUACUAUUAAGAUCUGGGAUAAGAAUACAUUGGAAUGCAAGCGCAUUCUCACCGGACACACGGGUUCUGUCCUGUGCCUCCAGUAUGAUGAACGGGUGAUCAUUACUGGAUCUUCGGACUCAACAGUCAGGGUGUGGGACGUGAAUGCAGGUGAGAUGCUGAAUACACUGAUUCACCACUGUGAAGCAGUACUGCACCUCCGCUUCAAUAACGGCAUGAUGGUGACAUGUUCCAAAGACCGUUCCAUUGCUGUGUGGGACAUGGCUUCACCAACAGACAUCACCCUGAGGAGGGUACUAGUAGGGCACCGAGCUGCUGUCAACGUGGUGGACUUUGAUGACAAGUACAUUGUAUCAGCAUCAGGUGACAGAACUAUAAAGGUAUGGAACACUAGUACCUGCGAAUUUGUGCGCACCUUAAAUGGCCACAAACGAGGCAUUGCAUGUCUGCAGUACAGAGACAGGCUAGUAGUGAGCGGCUCUUCAGAUAAUACUAUCAGACUGUGGGAUAUCGAGUGUGGGGCAUGUUUACGAGUACUAGAAGGCCAUGAAGAGUUGGUGAGAUGCAUACGCUUUGAUAACAAGAGGAUAGUCAGUGGGGCAUAUGAUGGGAAAAUUAAAGUAUGGGAUCUUGUGGCUGCUUUGGACCCUCGUGCUCCAGCAGGGACCCUCUGCUUGCGAACCCUUGUGGAGCAUUCUGGAAGAGUCUUUCGACUUCAGUUUGACGAGUUCCAGAUCGUCAGCAGCUCACAUGAUGACACCAUCCUCAUCUGGGAUUUUCUGAAUGACCCAGCCGCCCAAGCAGAAUCCACUCGUUCCCCGUCCAGAACAUACACCUACAUCUCAAGAUAAAUAACACUACACUGUACCUCACACUCGCACAGGACUCAUUUCAGCUGCAGUAUUUAAAUUAUCUGCCAAUGCCAGGACAAAAGAACUAUCCACGUAACCAACACUUGCUGAAGAGAGAGGCUCUCAGACUUGUUUCUGGAACAAAGUUGGCAUGCGGUUGAUCUCAGACAGGGUCUACUCAGCGCGGCUGACUGCUAAAGUGCUGCUAUAUCAGAAGAUGACUUUUAUCUUUCAUGAACAGUUAACAUUUUUAAACCUUUCCAUCCCUUUCCUCCCUCAUCCCCCUUUUCCUGUUCACUCCUCUUCCCUUUACCCUGUUUGGUUCCCCUCCAAACCCAGUCACAGAUGUCCUAUGAAUAUAUUUAAGAUGUUGCCAGAAUGUGUUGCUUUGCUGUUAAGCAGAAGACUUAUAGCCACAGUGCAUCCUGCUGAGAGAGUCCCUUUGGGGUGGGUGGGAGGGUGGGUGGGGAGGAGGCUGCUACUCUCAGACUGAAAUCAUAUCCAUCGCUAGGCCUUUGAAAAAGCAUUCAUCUCUGAAGAGCAACAGAAACAGUUAUAACAGCCAGACCAGCUCCCCCCUGACUUCCCUGCGGCUUUUGGCUGUUCUGACUGCAGACCUAUUUUUUGUGGAGAGAGGACCCUUGAAAUUUGACUAUUAUGAGCCAAAUCCAUCUCUUUCCUCUCCUGCCUGCUAUGCUAACCCUUUGGAAGCUGGAUGUGUAUUAUAGUCUCCCUUAACAUCUGCUUGGCUGGGGAAUGCUAGUCAAUGAAAAGUUAAACUCUCUUCUGCCAAAGUCCCAAGCAUGAUGGACUGGGGCUGACAUCCUGUACCCCCUACCCCAGGUGAAAUGUUGGCCCAGGGCAGUAUUUCACUAGCAAAGGGAUUGUCUGUACCAUCUUCCUUCUGCGGUUCUCCCUGAAGACAGUGUUUUGCUGAUGGCUUACGAAUCAUUUAGUAAAUUGGAGGAGGUUUGAGGCUGGGGUGGGGAGGAAAGCUGGAUGUUGCUGCUUUCUUUCUAUUCCUUCUCCCUUCAGAGAGGCUGUAGCUGGGUGCUGGAAGAAGGAGCUGCGAAAAACCUCAUGGAGCUCUCAAGAUCGAGCCACCCUAGAGCAGAGACACUAUGCAAAUGCUCUGGCCAUGACAAUAAGACCUUGCUCAUGUGAACGAGCAAAUGCACAGUCCCAUGGUGAUGGCAGAUGGGUAAAAUGAGUAUGGCCAUGAGUACAGUCCUUAGAGUUAGCAGUGGCUUCAGGCCAGUUCUGCAGUAUUUCUGGGUCUGGCCUUGCUAGAAAACCUUCAGAGGGAGAGCUUUUGGUGUGCUUCUCUAACCUAUGUUCAUGCUGCAUUGUGGUUUAGGGACACAGGCUGGUUAGCCCCUUUGCUGAUAGCUGAGCUGGAUCUUUGCUUUCUAGCUGAGGCUUUUGCAAAUUGCUGUUGUUCAGAAGAUAAAAAUAGUCCUAAAGGGGAGAGACAUGAGAAAUAAUUCUGCAUGUCACUGAACUAGACAGAGGGGUCUGGGAGAAAACAUCUCUAUUUACAGAGCCGGAAGGAAUUGCAGCAGGCCUGCAUUUAGAUCAGGAAAGACUCUUUAAAUCAUUUCCUGACCAUUACAGGUUUGAGCCCAGAUCUUCCACUGUAGCUCUUGAAUAACCCCACUGCCUUAGUGGACAAUUGCUCCAAUCCCACAACAGGAAACCGGGGUCUUUCGUCUCUGGGCUGGAGGGGCUUUAAACAGGCUUUGUUAACACCCUCUAAACUUGGAACCUGGCAGAUGGGAAAUUUUUUAAAGCUAUUCUCAUCAAGUUCACUUUGCUGGGGAAACAGUUGCAUUGUUUCUAAUUGCUUGGGAUACGCUUUUUCCACCAAUUAAAUUUUUCAAGGAGCUGGUCUAAGAGUCCCCAAAGAGCAGUCCAGAGGACUUCAAUCAUUUUGGUGACAGUUAAGACAGACAAGAAGGUGAUGGAGUUAUGGAAGAAAGGAAAGCUGGUGCUUGGGGAGUACCUAGUGCAGUUCCUGAAGCACAUGGGCAGUGGUGUUGAGCACUCAGCUGCCUGUAUUUUCAUUGAGCCUAAAGACUACAUCAGUUCUAAAGAGUGUCUCAAAGCGUGUGGUGACACUCCUGGUUUCUGUUUGAACUAUUACUGUAAGAGAGUCAAGCACGUUAACAACUCAACUCUGCUCAGGUAACGCUGACAGUGUGACUUACCUCUGCAGAGUCAUAACAGUUCUGAGUCAGAACAAGAAGUUCAUCCAGAACCAAUUUUGGCACUACUUUUAAGUCUAGGAACACUGUUUGGGAUUUCAGGCAGCUCUACUAUCAAACAUACUGCAGUCCCAAAGCUAAAGUGGCAAGGGAGCAGAGGGGAUCAAAGUUUACAUCCCAAGCUUUGCUGAGUUGAAGUUCUGAGUCUUAUUCUUCAUGUUAUUUGAACACUUCCUUUAAGUUCAGUUAUGCAGCAUGGUUGCAUAUCAACAGGGGUUUAUAUGAUCUUGGCUGCAGAUUUAAUAGUUAUUUUCCUCAGUUUGGUCAUCCACUGUCUUUUACAUUUAGGUUAUUGUAGAAAAUAAUUACCUGUUACUCCAGCCUCUGAAGGCUACAGAACUUCCUAAUUUUUUAAUUGAAUCUCUGUGGCCAAUGCUUACAAGGAUGCAUUUUAUUUUGCUAGUUGAGAGAAUUUGGGAGAACCAGAAGACUGGCUGGCCAAACACAGAGACAGCACCACUGCAGACUGUCCUUGGUUGUCAUAGCCCUGCUGCUCUAUGCUGCUAUUCUGUAACUUCUAAGCACUGUUGGGUCUUCAGGUGGUACCAUAGUUUGAACUCUGCUGUAUAGGGCUGUUUAAGGUACAGUUAGUGAGCAACAGCUGAAAUCCAUUUUUGGUACAUGGUAAGAGAAUGUUGUCUUGCCCUCAAGAAUGGACUCUGGGUACUUCAUACGGAAGUGCAGAAGGGUGAGGAUUCCUACCCCGCUCCCCAAGUUAUACAGAUUUUCUGAUAGCUAAGAAGGAAACUGAAGUUAACUGAUCUAACUUGAACUUGAAACUGCCACAGCCUGACAUUUGGUGGUGUUUAUUUGUGCACCCAGGGAGGAGCAAUCUGGUAAGUAGAUCUCCCAGUGUCAGAAGAAAAUGGCUUUUUCAAACUCUGCCCCCCCCCCCUCCCCCCUUAGGAUAUGUGUGUGAGUGUGAGUGUGCAAGAGUGCAUGUGAGAGAGAGGUUUCAGCAUGAACUGGAUGGAUAAUCCCUCAGCCAGGUUGGAGUAAUUGCAGAGUUUAUAAUGAAAAGAACUAGAACGUGCCUGCUGAAAGGAG